AUGUCAUUCGCAGCAGCUCGUCCGCGGACCGCUCCCAUCACGUCGUUUGCCAUUACUCCAGACAGCGACCAGCCACAGGAAAUCAAGCAGUCUCCCGCAUACACCGAACAAUUGCGAAAUCUGGUCCAUUCUUCCACUGAGCUCCAGAAAAUAGGGUACAUCAUUUACCAGCUUUCGAGGCAGGAUCUGGAUCGCAAGAGGCGAUGCUUUCGAUGCGGUCGCCAUCUUCCUCAUUCCUUCAAAAACCUUAAGUGGCUGCCAAAGACGCCUUUUCAAGGAGGAAGUGGUGGACAAAGCGAAGAUCAGCAAUCGAAAAGAUUGAAACAGACGGCUAUGCCCUGCAAGUAUCACCCUGGAAGGGUCUAUCAAAGGAAAUGGACAUGUUGUAAUGGUGCACCCGGGGCGCCUCCAUGCCAGGGCCAGGAAGAUCACAAGCCAAGAAUUUACGGUGCCGGAGAGUUAGAGAAGGAGUGGCGAUACUAUGAAACUCCCUACGGUGAAUCGGAUGGCCAGAAAGCGGUAGCAGUCGUCAUUGACUGCGAAAUGGGCACAGCCUCGACGGGAGAGACUGAGUUGAUUCGCGUCUCCGCCGUCGACUACUUCUCUGGUGCUGUUCUUCUGGACAGCCUCGUGUAUCCGGAUGUUAAGAUGAUCCAUUACAACACGAGAUACUCUGGAAUUACUAGGCCGCAGAUGGAGAAUGCGCGGCGUGCGCGAACUUGCCUGUUUGGGCGUGCCAAGGCGCGAGAGGCUCUAUGGAAAUUCAUCGGUCCUAAUACAGUAGUCAUUGGACACGGCGCCAAUUCCGACUUCAGUUCUUUGCGCUGGAUUCAUCCAGUCAUCAUCGACACGUUCAUUGUCGAGAAGAACAACAGGCCGGUUGAGGAAGACAACAAGGAUAACAAGAAGGAUAACAAUAAAAGAGAGAGCGAGGGCAAAGAGGAUGGCAAGCAGGUGGAAGAGAGCCCAGAGGUUCCAAUCAGUGCCACAACAGCUAUAGAUGGCAAUGAAGACGGCCAAAACAACUCCAAAGAGAAAGUGAACCCCCCUAACCAGCCAAGGCAGAGGGGAGGGCUAUCGCUAAAGGCGCUCGCAAAAGAGAGGCUCGGACGAGACAUUCAACUGAGUCAUAAAGGGCAUGAUAGCGUGGAGGAUUCUAUUGCAGCAAGAGAUAUCUUGCACUGGAAUAUCCUCAAGCUUUUUGAGGAUGCAAUGCCAAAGAUAGAGAUCGCAUAG